AAGUAUUUAUUCACUCGAGCAAAUAUUGUUAGAUAUUUUUAUGGGUGCACAUCCAUAACAAAUAUCCUCGCAAAUCGCCGGGAAUACCAUGAAUUGCGGGUAAACAAGAUGCCAGCAGUACGUGGCCAUUACUGCAGUGAAGAUUACGUGGAGCAGCAACUGCAGGAGGAGUAAGUGCAGCCGGGAAACCAAGUGAAUCCGUCCAAUUGCCGGAAAACAGAGCCUCGCCAGCCGGAAAAGUAGAGCAGACUUCCAGAAAUCGAUGCCCCACUGCCACACAAUGGUCUAUAUGCGAAUUGUGCUAACAACCUUGGUGACCAUUACGUGUCUGCUGGGGGACAACUUCGUGGAGCUGACCCAGCAUCCACUGCUGAAGGCCCUGGCCGACAAUGCCACCCAUGCGGCCAUUGGAGCACUCACGGGCAUCACGUUCGCCACACAAUUCUACGAGCGCACCUCGCAGUUGUUCGGCUGGAUAUUGAUUUUCACCUGCUUCGUUGUGUCAUCGUUCAUUGACUUGGACCACUUUGUGGAGGCCCGUUCCCUGUAUCUGGAGGAUGCCACCAAUCUGUCCAAGCGGCCCUUCCUCCACUGCUCCAGCAUUAUAGUGGUGCUGCUGCUGUUCUACGUGUGCACCGCCUGUUUGAACUACUUCCGGACCAGUCUUAUGCUGGGAUCCCUACUCUGUGCCUUCAUCACACACCACACCAGGGACGCCGUGCGGCGGGGCUACUGGCUGUGCCCACUGGGCCACACGGACAGGAUGCCCCAGCUGGCCUACAUAUUGACCACCAUCCUGACGCCCCAUCUGCUGGGCUGCCUGCACAAUGUGUGCCGCAGCAGCAUCGUGCUCAACUUCCUGGGGCAGUACGUGAAGCUAAGCGAGGGCCAAUACCGCAGCGGUUCCACUGCCAACUAUCGUUACAUGCAAGUCUAGGCUAUAUGUAGGAACAGUUUGUGAUAAUAUUGCAAAACAUCAUCAAAUGGUAAAUGCAAAUUGCUUUUCAAGCUUCAAGCGCUUUAAGACUAGAGAUCGCCUAGAAACCCAAAUACUUCCUCACAACAGGACACAAUUUUACACGGAUCUAAUACUAGAAGUACCUUUUUCAGGGAACUAUGCUUCCCAUCCAAUUGAUUUUUAUUUGUUAAGUAGCGUGUAGGUUUUUACUAGCAUCUAAAUAGAAUACAGAUAAUAUCCGGAUAUGUGAUAUGUAGUCCUUAGACAAACUAGAGUAACGAGCAUAGCGCACAACGAUAUCUAAUCGAUUUUCAACUUCAACUCUGACUCUUGUACUUGUAGGCCAUACGAAUUUUAAGCUAAUCGAAUAAUAAAAUCAAUCUAAUUGCCUUACAACAUCAGCCUUGCAAUCACAAUUAAUCCCAUUGGCUUAUUUGGCCCACCUUAAUUUUAUUCGCUGUUUGUUUGUGGGCCAAAUUAGUUGCCGUUUACAAAUUGGCCCUAAUGGCUGGCAUGGUUGCGAAGGAAUCCCGUCAUAAAUCGACUUUUCAGCUUAUUUUACCGAUUCGGUCGGGCUAUUUUUAAACGAAUUUAAUUUUAAAUGUUCGCCAUUAUAAAUAAAUCACAAUUUCGAUCGAAAAAGUUCGCAAGGAACCAAUAAAAAACUUUUGGUUUUUCGAAAUUUUCCUACGCUUUUCGGCGGAAAAUCGCUUUGUUUGCGGGUCAAUAAUUGGGUAAUUAAACUUCCACGUGCGAUCAAACAGAGAAACAAUUCCAGGGUAUUGUCGGUCCCAGAAUUUCCCACGCAUGCCCAUUAACAGCGCCACGAACAACAAUAACAGCGGCUGAAUCGUUUGGCAACACCCACGACACAACAUUUGUUUGACAUACACUGAAA